GUGUGUGCAUGUGUGGAUGUGUGUGAGAAGACGGUGGUGGGGGCGGCACUGAAUGGCUGGGAAGAGCCGCCCGGGAAUGGUGGGGUUACAAAGCCAGUGGAGUUCUACUUUAAGGUAUCCCCAGAGACCCCACACUGGGUUUUGAAACGCUGCCACAACCGGCGGUCGUUUUGCAGACAGCAAGAGAUGGUGAGGCCAUCAAGAAAUAGACAGGGCACCACCAGUCAAUUUCUCUCGGUCGAAUUCUACAUACACCACUAGUUUUCCAUCACCGCCUCAAAGUAAUAUCUCGCAGUUUCUCUCCUCUCCAAGUGUCCAGUGGCCAAUUGUUUCUCACGGCCCAAACGCUUCGGUUCUUGAUAUGUGGAUGCACUCCACAAGAUAAGAUCGAGCCACCAUCUCUGCCAAGACCCACCUCGGCGAUCUUCCACCAGUCCCUGUGAAGCCGCCCCCUGUGUGCGCCACAACACUCGACACGGAGACAUCAUUCCAUUCCAGAGCACCGCAGCACCCGCAGAGAUCGACGGUUGCAUGAAGAACCCCCCUUGAAUAUCAACCUUGUAUCCUGCCCAACCUUCCACCUGGUCGUGUCGUCUGAUGCCUUGUUCUCCUGUCGCCAGACCCAAGAGCUUGCCUGCUGUCUGCUGUGCCGAGCUAUGGAGCUACUGCUACGGUAGCAUGUUUGGACCAUCUGGUGCUCCCAGCCAAUUGCGAGCCCGGCGAACCCCGUGUUUCUUUUCUUCAAGAUCAGUCCCCACCGAGUGAGGCCCGAUUUCUCGAGCUGUCAACCAUGCAAGAUCUUAAGGUCCAGGGGAUGAUGAUUCGCCUAUGAGCUGUCCAAGAGUCAUCGCCUCCACCACCCCAGGUUGGUACUGCUGUCACGGCGGACCUUGUCGUGCUUGUACCUGCGUGGUGCAAGACAGCAGUGAUCAUGGGGCGGCUAUUCACUUGCCACCAGCUAUGAAUGCCGUCAGUUACGUCCAGGAAACCCUGUCUGAUGAAACAUGGGACACAUGGACCGACACAUGCAGUAUAAGACUGGAUGCCGCCGGACACCAAUGCAGCUCCCGGACCUUUUUCUCACCCUCACUCAGCGUAAACAACAGGCUUGGGCUGUUUAACUACCACUUCUUCCAAUAUCCCAAUCUGACGCACCACCAUUACGAGAUAGCUGGCACUACCACGAUGGGUCUCUCAAAACUCUCCACGUUACUAUUACUGGCGAUAGGGGUCGUCUCACCUUCCGUUGCGGCCCCAGCCCCUCGCCAGGAAUCUGUCUGGUGGCUCAGUACCAUCAAGCGGCAAGGUAACGCUGCCUUCAACGCCGACCCUGCCAACUACAAGGUCUUCCGCAAUGUUCAAGACUACGGUGCCAAGGGCGAUGGCGCCACCGAUGAUACCGAGGCCAUCAACAGGGCCAUCAGCGACCAGAACCGCUGUGGUCUCGGCUGCACCUCUCAAACCACGACUCCCGGUCUUGUGUACUUCCCUCCCGGCACCUACCGCGUCAGCAAGCCGAUCAUUCCCUACUACUACACCCAGAUGGUCGGUGAUGCCAUCAACCCUCCGACUCUCAAGGCCACCGCCGACUUUGAAGGCAUGGCCGUGAUUGACGCUGAUCCCUACGAGAAUGACGGCCGCAACUGGUGGACCAACCAAAACAACUUCUUCCGCCAGGUUCGCAACUUUGUCAUCGACAUCAAGGACAUGCCUUUCGACAAGGGUGCCGGCAUCCACUGGCAGGUCGCCCAGGCCACCAGUCUGCACAAUAUUGUCUUCAACAUGCGUGAGGACGGUGGUUCCGCGAACAAGCAGCUGGGUAUCUUCAUGGACAACGGCUCCGGCGGUUUCAUGGUUGAUCUUACCUUCAAUGGUGGCCAGUAUGGUGCCUUCUUUGGCAAUCAGCAGUUCACUACCCGCAACCUCACCUUCAACCGCUGCCAGACUGCCAUCUACAUGAACUGGAACUGGGCUUGGACUUUCCAGGACGUUCACAUCAACGACUGCCAAGUCGGUAUUGACAUGUCCAACGGUGGGCCUGAGGGUCAGACUGUCGGGUCUGUCUUGAUGGUUGACAGCGUUUUUACCAACACCCCCACCGGUAUCAAGACUGCGUACAACUCCGAUUCUCCCCAGACCAAUGGCACCCUCAUUCUGGACAACGUUGACUUCUCGGGUUCUCAGCAAGCUGUUCUGAACAAUGCCACCCAGUCUGUGAUUCUCGAGGGCAACCAAAAGGUGGACUUUUUCGUCCAAGGCAAGACCUACGGCGGAGCUGUCAGCGGAGCUGCUGCCGGCCGUGCUGUACAAAGCGCCCAGCAGAACGUCCGGAAGCCUGCCUCUCUGCUCGACCAGGCCACUGGCAAGGUCUUCACCCGCACCAAGCCUCAAUACGAGGACGUCCCGGUUGGCAACUUUGUUAGCGUCAAGUCCCAAGGUGCCAAGGGCGAUGGCAAGACGGACGACACCGACGCCAUCCAGAAGAUCUUUGACAGCGUUACUCCUGAUCAAGUUGUCUACUUUGACCAUGGUGCCUACAUCAUCACCAAGACUGUCAAGGUCCCCAAGGACAUCAAAAUCACUGGCGAGAUUUGGCCUCUAAUCCUUGCUGGAGGUGACCAGUUCUUCAAGGACCAGGCCAACCCCAAGCCCGUCUUCCAGGUUGGCCAGCCCGGUGAUGUUGGCAACGUUGAGAUGUCUGAUCUCAUCUUCGGCACUGCUGGUCCCCAGCCCGGCGCCAUCAUCAUGGAGUGGAACGUCAAGGGUACUACGCCUGGCGCUGCCGGCCUCUGGGAUGUCCACACCCGCAUCGGUGGGUACCGCGGCACCGAGCUUGAACUGGAGCAGUGUGCAAAGAACCCCAACGUCACCAACACCAUUCCCGAGCAGUGCUUUGGUUCUUUCAUGAUGCUCCACAUCCCGGCCGGUGGCAGCGCCUACCUCGAGAACACGUGGUAUUGGGUUGCCGACCACUCUCUCGAGCCCGAGGCCAAGGACGGUCAGAUUGACGUCUUCAACGGCCGCGGUGUCCUCAUCGAGGGAGAAGGACCCGUCUGGGGCUGGGCCACCGCCUCUGAGCACUCGGUCCUCCAAAACUACCAGUUCAACAACGCCUCCAACAUCUGGCUCGCCCUCAUCCAGACCGAGACCCCGUACUUCCAAGGCAACCCCGACGCGACCAAGCCCUUCACCGUCAACCCCACCUAUGCCGACCCUGACUUUGAGAAGUCGUGCGCCAACUCGAGCGACCCGACCUGCAAGAGAGCGUGGGGUGUCCGGGCUAUUAACUCCAAGGACAUCUUCAUCUACGGCGCGGGUCUCUACUCCUUCUUUGACAACUACGGCCAGGACUGCGUCAAGAGCCAGGACUGCCAGGUCAACAUGGUGUCUCUCGAGGACUCUGCGGUGCACUUUUACGGCCUUAGCACCAAGGCCAGCGUCAACAUGUUGACUGUCAACGGCGAGGGCGUUGCUCUCGACAAGGACAACAGGAACAACUUUUGCGCCACCCUUGCGCUGUUCACGUCGGAGCCUCAGGCCCAGGCUGCCUAG